AUGACCACUUCCCUGCAAGAUGGGCAGAACGCCGCGGGCAGGGCGGCUGCCCGGGACUCGCCGCUGGCCGCCCAGGUGUGCGGCGCUGCCCAGGGGAAGGGCGACGCCCACGACCUGGCGCCAGCCCCCUGGCUCCACGCGCGAGCGCUCCUGCACCCUCCGGACGCGACCCGCCGUUGUGUUGCGGACAGGAGAAAAAAGAAAGAUCUUGAUGUUCUGGAAAUGCCAUCUAUUCCAAACCCUUUUCCUGAGCUGUGCUGUUCUCCAUUUACAUCUGUGUUGUCAUCGGGCCUGUUAUCCAAAGGGAAUUCAAGGAAAAAACAGGUGAUUAAAGUGUACAGUGAAGAUGAAACCAGCAGGGCUUUAGAGGUACCCAGUGACAUAACUGCCCGAGAUGUUUGCCAGCUGUUGAUCCUGAAGAAUCAUUACAUCGAUGACCACAGUUGGACCCUUUUUGAACACCUGCCUCAUAUAGGUCUAG